UUUGUCGCGGGUUGAUGAUGGUGAUGCUGCGCCGGGCGGUUUGCAGCUUGCUGGUCCCCGGGGCUAGGGGCCUGUUCGUGCCCGGGAGCCGGGCGGCAGAAACAGCUCCGAGGCGGCCUGGUGCCAGUUUAGUGCAGAUCGUGUACAAUUAUGCCAGUCUGUCAAGGAAAACUCGAGAAUUUCCCAGCCAGCUGGAUGAUCUGUCACCGACCAUGCUGAAGAAAGACUACAAAGACUUAGAGUUAAUGAAUAAGACCAAUGAUGUGGUUCGAAGGCUGCUGUCACUGGAAAUGGCAACACAUAAAGAGAAACUGAAGCUGAAAACUAGCCAGCUGGUGGAGAAGGUGCAGAGGAGUCCCAGUGACCUUGGCUCCACAGAAGUGCAAAUUGCCAUCUUAACAGCAAAAAUUCGGAAUUACCAAGAGCACCUGCAGGUACACAGGAAGGAUAAAACUAACAAACGUCGCAUGCUAAUGGCAAUCGACAGACGGAAGAAGCUGUUGAAGUAUCUCCGGCGAACGCGCUAUGAGGUGUUUGAGAACGUUUGCACCGAGCUGGGCAUUCAGUACACAUUCCCUCCAGAGUAUUACAGGAAGGUGACACAGCGAUGGGCUGCCAAGAAAGCUUUGUGCAUAAGGGUGUUCCAAGAGGUACAGAAACUACGUGCUGCUGAACGACACAAGCAGAAAGCAGCAGCUGCAGAGAAAGCCCAGCCUAUCAAUAAGGAGGUGAAUGAAGGUACAGCAGUGUGAUCAGAAGUGCAUGUGGAGCAUACACUGCUGGGCUGAGUAUACGUGUUGUGCACAGACACUGUAUUUUAAGAGAAGGCAAUGAAACUCUAGUGUCAGAUUAAUAAAUAUUUAUCUCUUUAAAA